AUGGAGCAGGUCAAUGAGACCUCAGUGAGGGAGUUUGUCUUCCUUGGCUUCUCCUUUCUGACUGGGCUGCAGCGACUACUCUUCGUUGUAUUUCUGCUCGUCUACCUGUUCACUCUGGGCACCAAUGUCAUUAUCAUUUCCACCAUUGUGCUGGACAGAGCCCUUCACACCCCCAUGUACUUCUUCCUUGCUGUUCUCUCUUGCUCUGAGACAUGCUACACCUUCGUCAUUGUACCCAAGAUGCUGGUGGAUCUGCUGGCUCAGAAGAAGACCAUCUCCUUCCUAGGCUGCGCUAUCCAGAUGUUUACUUUUCUCUUCCUUGGCUGCUCUCACUCUUUCCUGCUGGCAGUCAUGGGCUAUGACCGCUAUGUGGCCAUCUGUAACCCUCUGCGCUACACCGUGAUCAUGGGCCCAGGGGUGUGUGUGGGCCUGGUGGCUGUUGCCUGUGCCUGUGGCUUUACUGUUGCACAGAUCAUCACCUCCCUGGUAUUUCGUCUGCCCUUCCACUACUCCAACCGACUCCAUCACUUCUUCUGUGACAUCUCUCCUGUCCUCAAGCUGGCAUCUCAUCAUACCCACUUUAAUCAGAUUGUCAUCUUCCUUCUUUGUUCAUUGGUCUUGGUUAUUCCUCUAUUUUUGAUCUUGGUAUCAUACAUUCGCAUCAUCUCUGCCAUACUCCAAUUUCCUUCCACAGUGGGCAAAUACAAAGCUUUCUCCACGUGUGCUUCUCACCUCAUUGUUGUCACUGUCCAUUAUGGCUGUGCCUCCUUUAUCUAUCUAAGGCCUAAAUCUAACUACUCCUCAAGUCAGGAUGCUCUCAUAUCCGUAUCCUACACAAUCUUAACUCCAUUGUUCAAUCCAAUGAUUUACACCUUGAGAAAUAAAGAGUUCAAAUCAGCUCUUCAUAGAGUUGUGGGGAGAACAAUUUCCCAGCCACAAAGUUAA